AUGGAUAGAAUAUUAAGUAAAGUAGAGAAUGCUUGGUGCUCAGUGGAUCAUGGUGAUGAAUACGUUAAAGCCAAAGUAUUUUGUUGCAGUUGCGAGGUUUACUAUUGUGAUAAAUGUGAUGCAGAGAAACAUAAACAGAGUGAAGAAGACCAAACAACAUAUACUUUAAAUAUAAAUGAACAGGAAAUGCAUAUCCGUAUUCCAGUUGAUCAAGUAAUAGGUGAUGAUGAUGAAGAACAUAUAGUUAAAGAUGAUAAUGAUAAAAAGAAAUUACAUGAAGAACAGGAAAAGGCAAAAAAUAUUGAAAAGAAAGCAGAUAUUCUCAAAGAGUUGGAGAAUGAAAAGAAAGAAAAAGAGAAACGUGAAAAAGAAUUAGAAAAAGAGAAGGAAAAGAAAGAAAAAGAAAAAGAAAAGAAAGAUAAAGAGAAAGGAAAGAAGGAUAAAGAGAAGGAAAAGAGUGAAAAGAUAAAGGAAAAGUUGGAUAGUUCACAGAAUGGUCAAUCACCGGUAAAGUUGGAGACUGAAGGAACCAUUUUCGAAGAGGACAUCGAGAAUGUAAAUGGUACCACCACAAACGAAAUGAUUUUCAAUCAAGUCAAAGGAACUAAUUCAUGUGCAUUGGAGGAGGACGAAGUAGAUGCACCGGAGGAAGCAUCGCAAGAGGACCAGCUCGAAGCAGCCCAUGUAGUGCAAGGUGUAUUCGAAGGUCUCAUCGAGCUUGGAAGUGGAAUUGGUGAUGGUGUCACAGGAAUCAUUGCCGACCCGAUGGCUGGUGCCAAGGAGGGUGGAGCCAAAGGAUUCUUUAAGGGUGUAGGCAAAGGUUUGAGUGGAGUCGCUUUGAAACCAGUCAAGGGUGCAUCGGGAUUCAUUCUCAAAACUGCCGAAGGUUUGAGAAACACACCAGAGACUAUCUUCACACCAAAGAAUCAGCAUAUCGACAUUGUCAAGGAGAAGGAAGCAUCGCAUCUGCUGGAUGGACUCUAUCAAGGAACAUUGGGUCUUGGCAAAGGUAUUUUCGAGGGUGUCACAGGUAUUAUUGCCGAGCCGGUCAGAGGUGUUCAGGAGCAGGGUGGUAAGGGUUUCUUUGUUGGACUUGGCAAGGGUUUGAUGGGUGUCGUUUUGAAGCCGAUUUCCGGUGCAAUGGAGUUUGUAAGCAAGCCAAUCGAAGGUCUGGCAAAUACACCGCAAACCAUCAUCGAUGCUAUCGAAACAAAGAAAGCAGAACGACAAGCAAAAGCAAAUGCCGCCAAUGCCAAUAGAGAUCUGACAAGUUCCGACGAGAUUUUGGACGCUGCUGGUGAAGGUGAGCAGAUCAAUAAGAAAUCUAGUUUAUCGUCUGCAUCAAAGUCUUCACCAUCUCUGGGCAGAUUCAACAAGUCAAAAGAAGAAGACCUACAAUCACAGAAAGAGUAUAACGAAAAAUGGCUUGAAAGAAAUCAAGUUUUAUCAAACAACAGUAUCAGCAGUAUAGAUUUUAAAAGACAAUGA